CAGUCUCUUUUUGCAAGAACUUCCUUCGGAAGGAACGUGCUUUGGAAGGAAGACAGCCGAAUCAGAGGUGGACAGUGCCAAUAAGCAAUAGCGAAGGCGCCAAAAGCAUGUUGCUUACGAUUAUUUCUUUGUUUUAGUUUACUUUAUCCUCUUUUUAUUUAUAUAUAAAUCAUAAUUAUUCUUCCGUCCACUCGCACUCAUAACUCAUCCAUGAGUUAAUUCCUCAAGAAUCCUCACCAUCUGUGUCUCGAAAAAUUCAUUCUUUGAUUUUCGUGUUGAGAUUUUUCAAAAUCAGUCAAUUCAAUUCAUUGCUGCUGUUCAAGUACUCUUUGAAAAGCCAGCGUCUUAGGGUGGCAAAAGCCGCAACCUUUAAUCUCCCAUUGCACACCACCGAAACGACGACUCAAAGUGAGUUCGUGUGAAUUUGUGGCUGGUGUUGAAGUGGGUUUGAUUGCAUUCCUUAUUCAGACCUAGAAUUUGUUUGGGAAAUCGGCUUUUUGCUCAGUUUCAGUGUCAGUGUCUUUCCCUGAAUUCAAAAUCUAAUUUGUUAUUGAUUGAAUUGUGAGAAUGGAGGCCUCUGGUUUGAAUGGGGCGUCAAAUUUUGAUGAUGAGAAGGCGUUGAAAGGUUUGCUUGAGGCGUUUGGUGCUGCGUUUUCUCUUGAUCAAAUAGCUUCUGCUUAUUGCAAGGCUGGGAAGAAUGCUGGCGAUGCUGCUGAAGCUCUGGCUAUGUCUACACCUAAUGGUGAGGCAAAGCCAAGGGGUGAAGAAGAAUCUUCACGAUUAUCUCUCGAUAAUAGCUCUAAGAAGCCGUAUCAAUAUCAAGCAAAUGGGAAUUCCAGAGCUUCAAAGCCCAAAUAUCGUCCUGUUUCAGGAGGCAGUGUUUCAAGCAUUAUUGGGAAACAUUAUGUGAAGAAAACACCAUCAGCAAAUGGGUCUUGUAAUGCAACCAAACCCUUGAAGCUGGACUCUGAGGUGUUGCCAAUGUCGGAAACUUGGGUGGAAAAGGCUGAGUCUAAUUCUUCAAGGAAUGAUGGUGUCCACCAGGAUAUGGAAGAUUUUCUAUUCACUAUGCUUGGAGAUGGAUUCAAGCUAGAAAGAGAGAGGAUACGAGAAGUUCUUGAUAGUUGCGGAUAUGAUAUGGAAAAGAGCAUGGAAAAGCUGAUUAAUUUACCAGCAUCAACUUCUGACAAAAGGAACGGACUCAUCACUAGAUCCAGUGAUAAGUCUGCAGGUUUGUGUCAGAAAUCUGAAGUAGCUUCUGAGAGAAAGUGCAUAAACUCCUCUGAAGGUAAUGGAGAUAAGGCUUCAAAUACAAAUGGCGUGGACUUUACGGGACAAAAUAAAGAGAGAAGUGAACUCCAGAAGGAAGUUCUGGCUGCGUUGUUCAGUGCUUCUGAGAGAUCCGAGGAGAGACCUGAGGAGCUACCAAGAAGAACAAUAAAGGCAGCAAAUAGAUAUGGAGCAUACGGACAAUUAGUGGUUGAACCUCCAAAUGAUUUCAUUUCAGAGUGCAAAUCAGCUGUUGUGUAUCAACAGCAUCCUAAGGAGGAUGAUGCAGAUGACGAAGAUAACUACCAGGUUCUUCGUAAAGCUGUGAAGGAGUAUCGGACUACGAUGAAGGAAUAUUUCCAGGCUGCUGUAGAGGCAUUUUCUAAGGAGGAUCAUGAUCGAGCAAACAAACUUCUAGAACAAGGAAAAUUUUUCCAAGAAAAGGCACGUGAAGCGGAUGAAGAGUCAAAUGAAAUGAUUCUAAGAACAAGAAACGUUGAGACACAGGGUGAAAUAGUGCUUGACUUGCAUGAACGCAGUGCCAAGGAGGCGAUACGUCUUUUGAAGUGUCAAAUUUCUUCAUUUUCUGGAAUCUCAUCAAUCAAGUGUCUUAAGGUCAUCAUUGAUACACAAGAGGAAGAGAUCUCAAAAGGAUCUCGUAGACGAGUAUUGGUUUUGAAGCUACUGCAGGAAGAAUCGAUUAAGUGGACUGAAGGGGAAAAGGCCGGAACAAUACUAAUCCAAUUAGACAGUAUUAAUCGGAAACGUUUAACUUUCAUUAAAAAGUAAAGAAACCAAGUUGUUUCUCAAAGAGUGGUGCUCACAGAAUUGAGAUAAUUAAUUUAUGAAUGAACAAUCAAAAUUGUUGGUUAGAAUACACAAUUGAAAGGUUGCGCAAGAGAAAGUAAUGUGAUUUUGAUUUUGAAAGAA